AUGCAGAGAGGAGGAGGGGAGUUCGAUGUGGGAGGAGAAGGCUCCUGGGACCGUCUGUCGCGCGGGCCAGGCUGGCCAGCUGGGGCACAGAGUCAAGGGGAAGAGGUAGCGGUGGCGCCAAGCAGCAGCAGUAUCAAAAGAAGAGUAAAUAAGUACCAACCUUACAGCAGCUCUUCUGGACCUGGACCGAGCAGCCUUAUGGCGCUGCAAAAAAACUCCACAAGCAAGGAAGCCAAAGGGCCUGGGCAAGAGACAGAGCAAGAAUUGCCGGAGCCUGUGGGUCACCCAGAACCUGAUCCAGUGCCGAAGCCCGAGCCCAUGCCAGUGUCUUGUUCCGAGGUUCAUCCAGAACCUCAGCCUCUAAUCGACCUUACACCCUUGCCAGAGCUGGAGUUUGAGCCCGAGCCUGUGCAUGAGUCUGAGCCCACGCCCACAGUAGAAACCCAUAGCACUGAGCACAGCUUCCAGCCCCCAGAGGGUGGCUUUGGUUGGAUGGUGGUUUUCGCCGCCACCUGGUGCAAUGGCUCCAUCUUCGGCAUCCAGAACUCCUUUGGGAUCCUGUACUCUAUGCUGCUUCAGGAAGAAAAGGAGAAAAAUCACCAAGUAGAAUUCCAAGCAGCAUGGGUAGGAGCCCUCGCAAUGGGCAUGAUCUUCUUCUGUUCUCCCAUUGUGAGUAUAUUCACUGACCGUUUGGGCUGCCGAAUCACAGCAACUGCAGGGGCUGCUGUUGCUUUUAUUGGCCUCCAUACCAGCUCCUUCACCAGCUCACUAAGCCUGCGUUACUUCACCUAUGGGAUUCUUUUUGGUUGUGGCUGUUCCUUCGCCUUUCAGCCAUCCCUCGUCAUCCUCGGCCACUAUUUCCAACGCCGCCUGGGUCUGGCCAAUGGUGUGGUGUCUGCUGGGAGUAGCAUCUUCUCCAUGUCUUUCCCCUUCCUCAUAAAUAUGCUGGGGGACAAGAUCAAGCUGGCCCAAACCUUCCAGGUGCUGAGUACCUUUAUGUUUGUUCUCAUGAUGCUUUCACUCACCUACCGGCCCCUUCUGCCCAGCUCCCAGGACACCCCAAACAAGAGGGGUGUCCGCACCCUACGCCAGUACUUCCUGGUUCAGCUCAGGAAGUACUUCAACAUGAGAGUGUUCCGUCAACGUACCUACCGCAUCUGGGCCUUCGGGAUUGCUGCUGCAGCACUUGGCUACUUCAUUCCCUAUGUACACCUGAUGAAAUAUGUGGAAGAAGAAUUCUCAGAAAUCAAGGAGACCUGGGUGCUCCUGGUGUGUAUUGGGGCUACCUCAGGCAUUGGGCGUCUUGUGUCAGGACGCAUCAGCGACUCCAUUCCUGGACUUAAGAAGAUCUAUUUGCAGGUCAUCUCUUUUCUGCUUUUGGGUCUGAUGUCCAUGAUGAUUCCUCUCUGCCAAGGCUUCGGGGGCCUCAUCGUUGUCUGCCUUUUCCUGGGCCUAUGCGAUGGCUUCUUCAUCACCAUCAUGGCGCCCAUCGCCUUUGAGCUAGUGGGCCCAAUGCAGGCCUCACAGGCCAUUGGCUACCUUCUGGGCAUGAUGGCCCUGCCGAUGAUUGCUGGGCCCCCCAUUGCAGGCCUUCUCCGCAACUGUUUUGGAGACUACCAUGUGGCCUUCUACUUUGCCGGAGUACCUCCUGUUAUUGGGGCUGUAAUCCUUUUCUUCGUCCCUCUGAUGCACCAAAAGAUGUUCAAGAAAGAGCAGAGGGACUCCAGCAAGGAUAAAAUGUUGGCUUCUGACCUGGACCCCAACAGGGAGUUUCUGCCGGGCUCCCCCACCCCUGAAGAGCCUAUCGAAUAG